AUAUGUACCCUGAUAUAGAAAGUUAUAAAUUAGUUGCAAAAUUGGGAAACCUUAAAACCACGGUACAAUUGUUAAAGGCAAUUAAUUUUACAGAGAAUGCUACUUGUUUUGGAACUGAAAAUGGUUUAAAGGUAACGGUUGAAGAUACAAAAUGUAUGCAAGCUAGUGCUUAUAUUCCUUCUUAUGUGUUUCAAGAAUUUGAGUUGAAAGAGGAUGUAAUUUUUCAAAUAAAUCUGAAUAUAUUAGUAGAAUGUCUUUGUAUGUUUUGGAGCAAUAUAAAUUCUCAAGGAAGCUCUGUGGCUUUACAGCUUUUUUAUAAAGGUACUGGUCAUCCUGUAACAGUUCUUAUAGAAGAAGAUGGCAUUAUAACAGAUUGUUCUUUAAAAACUCAAGAACCUGAUGAAUUGUUAGACUUUCACCUUGAACCUGAAAAUGUUUUAAAUAAAGUAGUAUUACAAACUGAAUUGUUAAAAGAUGUUUUAUUUGAACUUGAUCCUACCAGUGAAUUAAUAGAGUUGCUCUUGUCACCUUCUGCUCCUUUUUUUCGAAUUAGUGCAGCUGGUUUAGCUGGAAUUUGUCACAUUGAGCUACCACAUGAUGGUGAUUUAAUAGAUAGUUUUGAAUGCUCCUCAACAGCAACAUCUAGUUACAAAUUGUCACAUAUUAAACCAGCUAUGAAGGCAUUAUUAUAUGCAAAUAAAGUUUCCUUGAGAACAGAUACAUGUGGGUUGUUAUGUUUUCAAUAUAUGAUUAAAAUUGACGAUGGGCAUACAUGUUACAUAGAAUACUAUGUAAGAGUCAAGUUAUUUUUAUGUUUUGCUUACAUAACUAGGGUAUGCAUGCAAGCAAUGCAUAAAAAUAUAUAAAAGUAUUGUUUCAGAUUUCGCCCAUGGUAGAUCCAGACGAAUAGUUUGUAUUCUAAAUCAUAAUAAAAUAUGGUGGGAUUGUAAAAACGUGGACACGAUGUUACAACAUUUCUUGUGAUCUAAAU